AUAAACUACAAAAAGCUUGAAAACCUUUUGUUUUUGUUGAAGAAUAACUUUUCAGAUUUGUUUGCAAACUAAGAAGGUAUGGGAAACAGUUUACGGUGCUGUUUGGCUUGUGUACUUCCAUGUGGAGCUUUAGAUUUGAUCCGAAUCGUGCAUCUCAACGGACACGUCGACGAAAUCACUCGUCCAAUGACCGCCGGCGAGAUCCUUCAGGCGAAUCCUAACCAUGUCUUAAGCAAACCAUGUUCUCAAGGAGUUGUUCGUAAAAUCUUGGUCUUGUCUCCUGAAUCUGAGCUUAAGCGUGGAAGCAUAUAUUUUCUUAUUCCGGAUACUUCCUUGCCCGAAAAGAAGAAGACAAAGAACAAAAAGGAUAUUCCACGUCGGAAAAAGCCUCUUGAAAACGCCAACAAUAUAACUAGUGAUCAUCAUACGGUAAGUAGUACUAAUAAGGAUCUUGAUUUAACGUUGUGUGAGAAAUAUUUGGAAGAUGUUAUGUUGUCGUCGUCGGAGAAGAAUUGUUCGGCCGGUAAAGAGAAUCGUCACCGUCGGAGACAUAGUCGGUCGGCAUCGGUGUCUAUGUGGCGGCCUCACCUUGAUAGCAUCUCUGAGGAUCUUAACUAGUGUUAUUGUUUUCAUUCUUCGUUAAUUAUGUCUCUAUUUUCUUUAUUUUUUUUAUUUUUUUUUUAAUUUCAGAUCCGGAAGACAAUAUUUUCAUUUUCUUAAUUUAUUUUGGGAUGAAGUUAAAAACAAAACUUUGUAAUGUACUACUGUGGAUAAGAUCUAUGUUAAAUUGAAAAUCUAGUUUCGGUCGUC